AUGACGACGCGAUGCACACCAAACGCCGAGCACGGUCUGAUUAUGGAUCGUUGUGUUUUGGAUCCGUCGAAAAUUGAUUUUCCUUGUACAUCUACUACAGUARUUGGAUCAAUAAAACCAGAUUCGAAACAAACAAAUUCCGAUGAACUUUUUAAAUUGAACGUUCUUGAUUUAAGUUCAAYUUGUGAUGAAAGUGCCGUACAACCUGUUAUUAAUUUUCCUCGUACAGUUAUUUCCGGAAAACAUCGAUGUUUUCAAAGCAGUUGGUAUAGUAAACAUCCUUGGUUGGAAUAUUCAAUUACACUAAAUGCCGUUUUUUGUUAUUACUGCCGUCAUUUUCCUCCUCACCUAACGGUUUCUCAGUCUCAUACUGAAAAAGAUGCUUUAAUUAAUCGUGGAUAUUCUKAUUGGAAAAAUAUUAGUAACCUGACAAAAAAACAUGAAAAUACUAGUUCGCAUAAAAAUGCUUUAAUAAAAUACAACUCAUGGCUGUCAACAAAAAAAACCGGCUCAGUUUCAUCUCAAAUUAACCAACAAGUUAAGGACCAAAUUAUAAAAAAUAGAGAAACAUUAACAAGUAUAAUACGAUGUAUUUUGUAUUGUUCUCGACAAGACAUCGGAAUACGAGAACAUAAAAAAAUCAAUUCUACCGAAGAUACAGAUAAUCCAAAAAUCCAAAUUGGGCUUGUCAUGACUAAAUAUACGUCACCUGAUAUACAAAAUGAUUUAAUUAAAGCUGCAUCGAAUCUUACAUUACAUAAAAUAGUAAAAGAAGUUAAUCUUGGGAGYAAUAUUUUUAGUUUAAUUGUUGAUGAGGCUAGAGAUGAAUCGAAAAUUGAACAAAUUAGCGUUUGUAUAAGAUAUGUACACGAUUUAAAAAUAAAAGAAAGAUUUUUAGGAUUAAAUKAAUUAAAUGCCCAAGCGUUGUGUAACGGAUUGAUAUUAUUUUUAAAUAACACAGGUUUAGAMAUUAGUAAAUGUGUUAGUCAAUCAUAUGAUGGUGCUUCAGUUAUGCCGGGAGAAUUUUCAAGUGUUCAAACAAAAAUAAGAACUUUAGCAAAAAAUCCAUGCCCAUAUAUACAUUGCCAUGAUCACAGGCUAAAUCUAGUUCUUGUUAAUGUUACACAAAAUGUUCAAGAAGUAGGCGAAAUAAUAGGCUUAUUAGAAGCUGUUUUUGCAUUUCAAUCAGUAUCUACUCUUCGUCAUCAUGCUUUUUUCAAAGAAACAAAUUUCAAAAUCCCACAGCACUGUGAUACUAGAUGGGUCUCAAAAUAUAAAAGUAUACAAUUUUUCAAAACUCAUUUUGGUAGUAUUUUAAAAGUUCUUAAUACAUUUAAAGAAAGUUCUAAAAAACGAGAGGCAAAGGGAUUGAUUUUACAGUUUGCCAAGUUUGAAGUUAUUGUCAUACUUUGCACURUGUUAAUUAAGGCAACAAAAAAACAAAUUUUGGAUUUACGUGAGGAUAAAAAUUUCUAUGAAUUAUAURAACAGUCAUUGAUAAUUGCGCAAAAUGCAAACGUAUCUACACCAUCAAAUAAUGAUGUUUCCUCAAAUAGGAUGUCUCAAGGCCCAAGUAGAAUGACAGAUUAUUACAUAACUUCUACUACUGGUAAAAGACAUGUCAKAUGUGUUAAAAUGAACAAGCGAUUUGAUGAAAAUGGURAAUUUUAUGCAGUUUUAGGUGUAUUAGACCAAACUUCAAAAGCAUUUUUAGACUGUGAAACAAUAUGUAAUUUUGCAAAAACUUUUCCAUUUURUCGGUCUGAUGAAUUUCUCAGUAAACUAAAAUAUCAAUGUGCAUUAGGGAAAACAUUAUUUUCAUCUAGUUCUGGUCUUUUUGAAUUGUUGAAUCAAGUACAAAGUUAUAAAGUUGGAUUUGAAGAAUURAAAAAAGUAAUUGAACUUAUUGUUGUAAUUCCUGUAUCUAGUGCUUCAGCUGAAAGAAGCUUUUCAACAAUGAGAAGAGUGAAAACAUACCUCAGAUCAACUAUGAAAAGUUCUAGACUAAAUGAUUUGACAUUUCUUUCCAUAGAAAGAGAAAUAAGUGGACAAUUUAUGGAUAAUCCAUCACCUGUUAUUGACGAGUUUGCUGUUAUGAAGAAAAGAAGAUUAGAAUUUUUACUUUGA